UCAAUAAAUAUUGCCUUGGCAUAUGUGUUAUUCUAUUUUAAACAGUUUCAAGGCGCUAAAUUUAUCUGGGGCUGCCCCACUCACAAUCGCCAGCUUCCAUCGAUUUCACAUGUGGCAACCAUGCGCAUGCUUCUUAUGAUUUUCACAAUAGCCGAGCAAAGUUUCAAGAUUCAAGAGCUGCCCACCGCCACAACGCUCCUACUGCGGCGCCACUGCCACAACUUCGGCUACGACUACUCCAGCAGCCCCACGCAACUCGAAGUCAGUCGGGAGGCCACCCGCCUGGUCAUCCGCCGCCUGCAGCGCACCGUGCUCCGGCUGAUCCGCGACCCGGACUUCACCAUGUCCGCCGAGGCGAAACCGAAGGAUUCUGAGAAGGAUUACCAGGAGUCGUCGUUCGGGGCGAACCGCAAGGGCGCUGCCAGCGGAAACGCCACCGCCGGCAAGCAGGACUCCAACUGUCGCACCUGCAACGACUUCAAGUCGUGGUCGAAACAGCAGCGUCUGAUCUCCAACGUGCAGAGUGCCAAGGUGAAACACAUGACCGCCGCCGAGAAGCUGACUGUGAACGCCGCCGAGGAUGCCCCGCCACGCGAUGACUGCCCGCUGGACAAGGCACGGCUGGGCAUCUCCACCUGGGGCCUGCUCCACACCAUGGCCGCCUUCUACUCGGACAAUCCCACGGACACCGAGAAGCGCGACAUGAAGACCUUCUUCGAGGUGCUGUCCCGCCUCUAUCCCUGCGAGUUCUGCGCCAAGGACUUCCGCACCGACCUCAAUGUCAACCCCAUCAAUGUGAACUCACAGUCUGAGCUGGCCAUGUGGCUGUGCAAGUUUCACAACCGGGUGAACGACAAACUCGGCAAGCCGCUCUUCGACUGCAACAAGGUGAACGAGAGGUGGCGCGACGGCUGGCUGGACGGCUCCUGCGACUAAGCGUUAGUUAUUUUGUAAUAGACCGACACAUCGAAGGUCCCUUGUUAAAUGGUUUGCUGGCUAUGAACUCUGAGAGAAUACAUAUGUACACACAUUUUGUUGACGA